AGCAAACGAUAAUAAUUAUAUUAGCAUAAACACUAAUGUCUUGAUUCCAUAAGUAGUAUGUAGUAGUUGUCUCUUCUUUUUUGAUAACAUUAAAUAAUUAAGAAUGAGAAUGAACCUAAUGAGUUAGUCAAUACCUUAAUAAUCCAGAUCUUACAACUAGUAGCUUUAUAUGUCUCCUAUAGUAUCCGAGAUUUAUUAUUUGUGUAUUAAGUUGCAAAACACAUGCAUUAUAAUAAUAAAUAUAUAGAAUUCAAAAGCGGCUGUUCAGCAUAUUUGACAAUAGCAAAUAUUAAAUUAUAUGAAAUAUAUCUGUAUUCUCUAGUAUUGCAAACUUCAUCUUGGCAUAUUUUCGUGCCCCUUUUAUUGAUGACUGUUUACAGCUAUUCAUUUAUCACCGACAUUAAUCCUAUAUUUUUCUAUACUCUCUGACAGGAAGGUGUAUAAUAUAUUUAGUCAUUUUUUUCAACAUCAUCAUGCCUUAACUUCGAUACAUCCUAUAUUUAAAUCAUGUAUAUAUAUAUAUAUAUGUAUAUAUAUUGAAAACUUAACUAAAUACGAUUAGCUUAUAGUAUUCUAGUUCUAUGAUACUAUAUAUUAUCCUAUUUCAAACAAAAGUUAUUUUAACAAACACUUUUGCA